AUGGCUACUUCCUCACGGAUUGCCACUGGUAAUAUGAAACAUCAUUCGAUGUUGCAUUUCGUUAGUAACACUGGCAGGCCGUAUGCACAAAACGGCCGCGACCGGUCGCUCGCCGCACCCGCCGCCGCGCCACUAGCGCCGCUCGCCCCUGUCGCGCCGCCCGCGCCGCUCUCGCCGUAUGCACCGCCGCGUCUCACUGAUGCACCGCGCGCAUCACAUUAUAACUCACAGAUAGCGAAUACUAGUAACGCGACGGCCGCGGACAUUGCGUUAUGCAGUACACAACUAGUUAACAAAACCACUCACAAUACUAUUUUGUUGGCGACCGCACGAGUUAUUGUUUACGAUGUUUAUGGUAGGGAAUGUUUAGUUCGCUGUUUAUUAGAUAACGCUUCGCAAAGUAAUUUUAUUACUAAUAGUACAUGUCAAAAAUUGGGUUUAUGUAACCAACGCAAGACAAAUUUAUUAGUAAAAGGUAUCGGCGGGACGAAUAAGGCUGUCGACACAUUAGUAAAUAUUAAAAUACACUCUCGAUUUAAUUGGAAUAUUUCGUACGAGUUAGAUGCAUUGGUAGUGGAUAGGAUUACGGAACGUUUGCCUAAUAUGACUGUAGAUAGGUGCAUGUUGUCUGAUUUUGACGUGUUACCAUUGGCUGAUGACACGUAUAGCUGUCCAGGUGACAUCGACAUGUUAUUGGGCGCAUCAUUGUUUCAUCAUUUAUUGCUUACAAAUAAAAUUGAAGGUCAGUUAGGUUCUCCCUACGCUUGGGAAACCACGUUAGGAUAUAUUGUUGUAGGACCCGCGCCUGCUACUUUUUGUAACAACACUGUAACGACGUGUUGUGCUAUAGUAUCGAAUUCUCUGGACAAUUUAAUUAAAAGAUUUUGGGAUUUAGAGGAGAUAUACGUACCUCCUAUUAAAAGUCCAGAAGAUAACGCGUGCGAAAAAUAUUAUAGUAGUACUACAAAACGCGACCCGAUCAGUGGUAGGUAUAUUGUGGCUUUACCAUUUUGUAAGGAUCCGUCCACACUGGGCGAUUCUUAUCAGUUGGCUAAAAAACGAUUGUUAUGUUUGGAACGAAAAUUAAUUGCUUCCCCCGCAUUUAAAUUAGCUUAUGACGAUGUCAUUCUCGAUUAUAUAGAUAAGGGGUACAUCUCACCCGCACCUACGUUGGCGUGUGAAGAUAAAUCGCUUUCAUACGUUAUACCGCAUCAUGGAGUGGUUCGUGAGGAUAAGACGACCACUAAAUUAAGAAUUGUUUUAGACGCUAGCGCGAAAACUACUAGUUCCAUUUCAUUAAAUGAUAUUUUGUUUUGUGGCGAAAAUUUGCAGGGUAAUCUUUUUGAUAUAAUAAUUAAUUUUCGGUUAUUCGCGGUCGCACUGUCCGCAGACGUGCGACAAAUGUUUUUGUGCAUAGAGGUUCGUGAAGAGGACCGUAAAUUUCAACGACUAUUGUAUCGUUUUUCACCCACCGAUCCCAUUGUUACCUAUCAAUUUAAUCGUGUUUGCUUUGGUGUUAAAUCUAGUCCGUUUCACGCAUUGCGUACAAUUAAACAGCUCGCUGAGGAUGUUGGAGACUCCUUCCCGCAAGCUAGGGAUGUUUUAGAAUUAGGGUCAUACAUGGACGACGUAGUCCAUUCAGUCGACUCAGAGGAAGAAGGGGUAAAAUUGUCCACUGAGAUGAUCGCAUUUUUUAAAACAGCUGGAUUCAAUUUAGUUAAGUGGACAAGUAAUUCGCAAAUAGUUCUUAACUCAAUUCCUAUUUCUCAUAGACUCGCGGCGCUUAAGGAGUUUGAUGAAACUGACACCCAUAAAGUUUUAGGUUUAUCUUGGUCGCCCCGCACAGAUUUAUUUCGCAUUCAAAUAAACCCGCCUAAUGAGCAGUGCACUAAGCGCGCUAUAUUGUCAUGCGUAGCUAGGUUGUGGGAUCUAAUGGGUUUUUUGGGACCUGUGGUUUUAUACGCAAAGUUACUUGUGAAACAAUUAUGGUUAUUGAAGUGUGAUUGGGAUGACGCGCCGCCUGCAUCGAUAGUAAAACUAUGGAACCAGUACCGUAGUGAAUUGCAUUUAUUAAAUAAAAUUAGUUUUCCGCGUCAUGUUGAUAUAACGAGAGAUAGCGUCGUUACUGUAGUAGGUUUUGCUGAUGUCAGCGAAAAGGCAUAUGGAGCAGUAGUUUAUUUGCAUGUUAGUAAUAACGGAAUUAAUAGCGUUCACUUGAUGUGUUCAAAAUCUAGGGUUUCGCCUACCAAAACGGUAUCUUUGGCACGGCUAGAGCUGUGCGCCGCAUUAGUACUCGCAAAACUCAUUAGAAUUGUGUGUGACACUUGUAGUAAGCGUCUCACUAUUAGCAAUGUUAUCGUAUUUUCUGACUCAACUGUGACACUUUGUUGGAUUUAUUCGUCGCCCCAUAGAUGGGAUAUUUUUGUUGGCAAUCGCGUAUCUCAGUUGCAGUCUUAUUUAGUACCAGAUAGUUUCCGUCAUGUUUCGGGUAUAGACAAUCCUGCUGACUGUCUAUCGCGCGGAUUGACACCCGCACAAAUUAUCGAUCAUCAGUUGUGGUUCCAUGGUCCACCCUGGUUAUCGUCGAGCCCUAGCGAGUGGAAGAUAGCGGAGUUCAAUCCCACUAGUAUAUCGAAUCCUCCCGAGGAAAAAACGCAAGCAUUAUUAGUUUCUGAAAUCGAACCUAGUUUAAUUUUGUUAAAAUUAGCAGAUAAGUUCUCGUCGUGGUCUAAAUUGUUAAGAUCGGCCCCACAUUUCGGUGGGAACUGGGAAUCUAAUAUCAAGAGUCUGAAGAGUCACCUAUAUAAAGUAGUAGGAGAUCAGAUUCCCUCCCGCUCGGACCGCGAUAGCGACAAGACGUGUUCACUACUAAUAAUUAUUUAA